AUGUCUGCUGUCAAGAUCUCUCCAUUGAAGGAAACUGAAGCUUUUCUGACCAUUAAGGUCGGUAAGAACACCUUGAACACCAAGAUUGUCUACCCACCAACCACUAGAUUCAGAGCUUUGGACGACCACACUCCUUCUGACUUGCAAUUGCAGUACUACGGCGACAGAUCCACUUUCCCAGGUACUUUGCUUAUCACUGAAGGUACUUUUGUUUCUCAACAGGCUUCUGGAUACCCUAACGUUCCUGGUAUCUGGACUGACAAGCACGCCAAGGCUUGGAAGGCCAUUACUGACAAGGUUCACUCCAACGGUUCCUUCAUCUCUACCCAACUUUGGUUUUUGGGUAGAGUUGCCAAUGCUGAAUUCAUGAAGGCUCACGGUUUGAGCCCAGUUUCUGCCUCUGCUACUUACGAAAGUGAUGCCGCUAAAGAAGCUGCCGAGGCUGUCGGUAACCCAAUUAGAGCUUUGACUACCCAAGAAAUCAAGGAUCUUGUUUACAAGACUUAUGCUAAUGCUGCUCAGAAGGCCAUGGAUGCUGGUUUCGACUACAUUGAACUCCAUGCUGCUCACGGCUACCUUUUAGAUCAAUUUUUGCAACCAUGCACCAAUCAAAGAACUGAUGAAUACGGUGGAUCCAUUGAGAACAGAGCCAGAUUCAUUCUUGAGUUGAUUGACCACUUGUCUACCAUUGUCGGUGCUGACAAAAUUGGUAUCAGAAUCUCUCCAUGGGCUACUUUCCAAAACAUGAAGGCUCACAAGGACACUGUUCACCCAUUGACUACUUUCUCUUACUUGGUCCACGAAUUGCAACAGAGAGCUGACAAGGGUCAAGGUAUUGCCUACAUUUCUGUUGUUGAGCCUCGUGUAAGUGGUAUCGUCGACGUCUCUGAAGAAGACCAAGCUGGUGACAACAAAUUUGUCUCCAAGAUCUGGAAGGGUGUUGUCUUGAAGGCAGGUAACUACUCCUACGAUGCUCCAGAGUUCAAGACAUUGAAGGAAGACAUUGCUGACAAGCGUACUUUGGUGGGUUUCUCCAGAUACUUUACAUCCAACCCUGACUUGGUUCAUAAGUUGCACGACGGUGUGGAUUUGACUCCUUAUGACAGAAACACCUUCUACAGCAAGACCAACUACGGGUACAACACCUAUGCAUUGGCCCCAGAAAAGGUUGACAAAGAAGAGGAAGACAAGAAGGUCGCCCAACCUAUUGUGUCUGAAGCUUAG